UCGUGUCCGUUUGUUUUUUCGCUGUUGCUUUUUACCCGCGGAAGCCGGCGACGCUCCCCACUGUGGCAAUGGCCACAUGGUGUUUCCUGUGCGCCCUGUUCCUGGCGGGCUGUCGUGCUAAGCAUCCGCGAUGCUCCGUCGACGUCAAAGACUUUUCCUGGCAGCAAAUCCGGUGUUUCAUGUCCCAGGACCAAGACUUCUUGGCGCAACAGAGCACUUAUGUUUCACACGCGGUCGCGCUGGGCGCACCGCAUGUGGCCAACAUUUGGCCGUGGCUCGCUGGCCUGGGCGUGCUGGUGGUGGCGACUGUCGUCCGGGCAUUCCUUUGCAGAGACAACGUUGCUGGCAGCAGCACUCUCGUCAGAUAUCAAGGGCUAGGACGGGAAUCAGCUGUUGAACCUUUGGAGAACGUGCCCAGCAACGAGGCCAAGGACAGAGACCAGCAUAUUCCUAUGUCUCCGUUGGAGAAGGCGCUUAGCAAGGAAGACGAGGCCAAGGAGCAAGCUGCAAAGUGCAAGAUCCAGAUGCAGGCGUUCCUCUAUGCUGCUGACAUGGUAAUGGAUGUGAAGGUUGGUAUCGAGUUCUGCACGCGUGGCAUGUUCUGGUUUGGCUUCGUCCUUCUCGCGAUACCGGUGGUGUCGGGACUUCUUUGCUUCCUCUACAAGUUCAAGUCUUGGGAGCUGGCUCCCUAUGACCACGAGGAGAACGGCAGGGAAACCAAGUUCUUCUACGAAAAAAGGAACAUACUUGGCCAAAAGCGACCCGGCAUCGACAGCAUGCUGCUACAGAUGCUGCAGUUAGAAGGUCUUGUCACUGCCAAGUUGGCAUAUUAUGACCCGCGCUUCAGAGAAAGCUGGAAGAUUGAAAGAGCCUUUAACGGGCUGGUCGAAAGCUUUCCCUCUUGUCUGAUACAAGCCUACACUCUGCUGUGCAUGGCUCAACUGGGACACCUGGAUGAGGUUUGGAAUACCAUCUGGCAGGUCUUCUCGAUUAUGCUCUCAUGCCACAGUAUGGCUGCAGCCGUGAAAUUGGUCUCCUUCCGCCUUUUGCCCGGGUACCAAGUACUUCCUGUCCAGAGCAGCCCCAUGCAGAUGCCACAGCUGACGCUGCUGCUAAUAUGCGAUGUGUCAGCCAGAGUAUUUUGCUUCGCAGCCUUCGGACUGUGCUUUCGGCCUGCAGUUCGCAUGUCUGAGAAUCGGCAAUUUGCUUUGCCCCUCUUAAUGCUUGCGGAGCUGGCGGUCGUGGUGUGGCUGACCACGCGUUUCCUGAACAAGCGAUGGUUUCACUCAGUUGAGAAUACCCGAGAUGCUGUUCUGUCCACGACCAUCUCGUACUUCACGAUUCCAGCCCUGGCAUUACACACGCAAAGCAACGAUGCAGUGGUUGACUUUUCGGGCAUGAUGAAAUUGCAAAGAGUCAUGUCCUACGGGCGAGCAGCAGAACUCUUCGUGACUCUUUGCCUGGUUUGGUACCACUGUCACAUUCAGGUGUAUGCGUCGCGCGUCUACAUUAGGAUCUUUGCAUUGUGGUCUCUACUUGGCUUGGCGUGUGUGCUCAUCACUCGCGCUUUUGAUCGAGCAAGCCGGCAUGAAGGGAGACCCAUUUUGCCUGCUGUCGGCUCGCAAGGCUUUAGCCCAGCACAUUGGGCUUGUGCCCUUGACAACGUGGAUCUGCUGCGUAAGCUCGACGAGAAGGAGGAUGUCAUGGAUGCUCCAGAUGAGAAUUUUCGGCACCCUGUCCACAUAGCAGCACUAUAUGGGCGAGAAGACGCGCUGAGGGUCCUGCAUAAGGUGAACGCAACUUGCAUCAUGGCGAAAGACCAAGCCGGAUGGACCCCCGCGCACUGUGCAGCGCACAUUGGGCACGAAAAGGUGCUAGAGCUCCUUUUUGUCUUGGACCCAAAGUGCAUUCAGGAGCCGGAUGAAAAGGGAAGGACCCCUGCACACUGUGCAGCGCAAAGUGGGCACGCUGCAGUGCUGACACUUCUUCACCGAUUGGCGCCGGGCUCCCUCGCCGUGAAAGCAACCAAUGGUGCGGUGCCCGCGCACAUGGCAGCAGCACGCGGGCAAGUCGAGGUGCUGGAUGUCAUAAAGGAGCUGUGCGUAGACUCCUUGAAUAAGGUCAACAAGAAGGGUGCGCUUUGUGCGCACAAGGCAGCGCAUCACGGACACGUGAAGGUGCUCGAGCUGUUGCAUGACACGCACCCGGAAUCCUUGAAAGCCCGAAACCACCACGGUAAGACACCGGCACACAACGCGGCACACAAUGGACACGAGGAAGUUUUGUGUCGACUUCACGCGUGGGUCCCGACGACUCUGAGUGCCCAGGACAAGGAUGGAACAGUCCCAGCACAUUGGCCAGCACACAACGGCAAUCUUGCUGUGCUGAAGCGCCUGAAGCUAUUGGCCUCAGAGACGCUGAAGAUGAGGAACAAUGAAGGUUGGGCCCCCGCCCACAUGGCCGCACGCAACGGGCAUAUCGAGGUCUUGGAGUUUCUUCUCCAAGAGGCUCCGGAGUCCUUGAGGCACAAAAGCAAUCAUGGAUGGGUUCCCGCACAUCUUGCAGCUUCGCGUGGGCAUGAUGCGGUGCUGGCCAUGUUAAAGGAAAAGGCCGAGGAUACCCUGGCUGCUCAAGCUGAUGACCAGGCCAUCCCUGCGCAUGCAGCAGCAGCACAGGGGCGCUGCACAACGCUGGAGCUGUUGGAGCAGUUGGCUCCUGGGUGUCUCCGCGCAAGAGAUCGAGAUGGAAGGGUCCCUGCGCAUUACGCCGCGGAGCAGGGACAAGCAAAUGCGCUGGUUCUUUUGGCAAAGUUGGCUCCAGAAACCCUUAUCGCCAAAGCCGGGGGUGGUGUGGCCCCCGCACACACGGCUGCACUGCAUGGGCAAGAAGAAGCUCUGACGUGCCUGCAACAGUCAUGCCCGGAGUCUCUCGCUGCUACAGACGACAAUGGUGCGGUGCCUGCACACAUGGCAGCGCAUGGCGGGUAUCCCAAUGUCCUCGGGCUGUUGAAGGAAUGGGUCCCGGAGUCCCUCAAGUGCCCGGACAAGCUUGGACGAGUCCCGGCGCAUGAUGCAGCAGAAGGAGGGCACGAGGAGGCACUGAAGUAUUUGCACUGGGUUGCGCCGGAGUCUCUUGGGGUCAAGGACAACGAGCAUGAGUGGACGCCCGCGCACGCAGCAGCAGCAAAUAAGCGUGGACGCGUGCUGGACAUGCUGCGUGAAUGGGCCGCGGAGUCUCUUGAGAUCGCAGACAAGGACGGGUAUCUUCCGGACCAACUUCUGCAGAAGGGUGGGAAUCGGAGGAACACGAUGCGUGUGACCAUGCGCCCGUCCACCCAGAUAUCCAUGGUGAUGUCUGUUAAAGCGUAAGCCUCACGUUGGAAGUCACCGUUUUGGAUGCACGACUUCCUCGUGUGGAUUCCUCGUGAGAUGUACCAACAUGCUUACAGGUGAGACCUCCGAAGUGUGCUAAACAACAAGUGAGCCACAAUCGAAACCUGGGUAGAUGAAGGUUAGUAAGG